CCGAAAGCCAAGAGCCGUGUACCUGGCUUGGAAGCUGGUGCGGAGGUCGGAGUGAGGUUCGGAAACUGCUUUUGGAGAGGUGCGGUCUCAGCCUUGGAUGUCUCGUCUCUCAGUCGUCUGUAUAGCCGUUAAAUUUAAUUAGCCUUCGAACAGCACACCACUAAUCCGCUAAUGAACUUCACUAAGCACUAAUUAAACACCACCACCACCUUCUUCCCUUAUUAGCACAGUGUCUUCCUCCUCCUCCUCCUCCUCCUCCUCCCACUCUCUGCUUUGCAGUUCGCAAUUCGAUAUUUACAGUCCAGAAUCGACGGCGGCGAUGAAUUUGGACGGCUGGCAUCGGCUUUGGUUGUUGAACUGAAAUUUGAAGAAAUGGGGAGUAGGGUUCAGCAGCACUACGCCAUGAGAUCGCCGCCCGCCAAUUCCUAUAUUGGCAACGCGCUUCACGACCUCAACACCGCCGACGCUGCUCGCCCCGCCGCAGAGAUCGACUCCAUCGAUGGUGAUUCCGUCGCUGAAGAUACCCACCUCCGCGAGGACGACGGCUCCGGCGCCGUUGUCGACGGCUGUAUGCACGAAGCGUAUACCAAUUCUUUGCCUCUUCACUCGGUUCGCCUUGGAGUUGAAGACGAUCGCUCCGCCAGCAGUGGCGGAGGCUCUUCCACUUCCAGGGCUCCCUACUGUCUCUUGUCACUUCAAGAUGUUUCGCCUAUCGAAUCGGCUAGGGCACGGUUUCUGCAACUGAUUGUGGAUCAUUUUAUUAGUGAACAUGUGGUUGAAGUGCCUAAUUCUGAGGCUGCUUCUUCUGCUGAGUACAAUGGUGCUCUGUCUCACUCUGGGCAAGAAAAACUAAACAAGAGGAAGCCUGGAGAGGUGCGGUAUGAAGGUGACCCCAGGCUGGCUUUGCCAUUGAUGUAUGUGGCAAAUAUGUACCAAACUUUGGUUAACGAUGCGAAUAUUAGGCUUUCGAGCUUGAGUGGAUUUCGAGAGAAGACAAUUGGGGUUGCCCUUGAAGCAUCUGGUGGGUUGUACAGAUGCUUGGCGAAGAAGUUUCCCAAAACAGGACCGCGUACAUUUAGAAGAAGAGAGUUGGCCACAUCCGUUGAAACGAGGACGAGAUUUCCAGAGUUGGUCAUACAAGAAGAGAAGCGAGUUCGUUUUGUGGUAGUCAAUGGUUUGGAUAUUGUUGAAAAGCCUACUAGGAUGCCUACUGAUGAUGCUGAGUGGUUCAAACGGUUGACUGGUCGGGAUGAAGUAGCAGUCUAUGCUCGAGACUUUAAGUUCUACUCUCCAAGACACAAGUAUAGACGUGUUGCGUCAAACUCCUCGCCUAAUAGUAUCACCAGUUUACCUACAUUUCCUGGCACUGAUAAUUCUUCCAUGUUGGCUGCUGCUCAGGGAUUCCGCUCCGUAAGUGAACCACAGAAUCAGCAAACAACUCCUCCGUGUAAGCAUCAUAUGCAACCCUUGUCGCACCAGCCUCAGUUUCAGCCUGUUCACCAGACUCAUCACCAAUCCAUCAACCAAAGUCCGCAUGCUGUUCAUUAUUCUCAAAACCAUCAAUGCGGUGCUACCUCGCACCUGCCUGAAAUCACUCAUGCUCACCAUUCCCCAACCAUGUCGCAACACAUGGUUUGCUUACAACCCCUCACUGGAGGCCAUGUAGGGGGACGUUUGCAUGUCUUGCCAUCCAGUCCUGCCAAGUUUUGCGAUGAAUGUGGGGCGCCGUACUUGAGAGAAACCUCCAAGUUCUGCUCUGAAUGCGGCGUUAAGAGGUUGGGAGUAUAAUACGGUGUCUAGACGCUCUACAAACCAGCCAUGUAACAUUUGUUCUCCAUUUUGCUGUAAAUAUAUUUAGCAUUACAAUUAUGUAGUACUCAAAGAAGAUCGAUUUCAUGCCUACAUUGCUCAAAGAACACCAUGAUAACGUAAUUUACUUCCUUAACUUUGGCAAC